AUGAAUUCACCCCCGAAACGUCGAAGAAGUGCCAAUAUUGUUGGGGAUGCUGGGGGCACAUCACAUAUCACAAUGGCUGGCCCCGCGAUCGUACCCUCCGGUCAACUAUCCUUCCAGUCACCCACGCGAUCGAGUUUGGCCAAAUCACACCCCAAAGUUCUCGAGCGCGCCCUCAGUAGAUCUCCAAGCCGCCGACCAACAAGUCGAGAAGCCCAGGGAAAACAACCAGACCGCAGUACACUUGGGCUCCGGGGUCGAAAAGCCCUUCGAGCUUCGUUAGGUGGGAUGUCUAGUCCGUUAAAAAAGCGUCAGAUGCCCGACAAUUCACCUUUACUAUCAUCAGCUAGACGACCAAGUGGCAUUCAGUCUUUUACGAAGCCACCCCGCCGAUUGUCAAGGAAAAUUCUACCAGGAGACUUUUGGUUUGGGUCGCCUACCAAGAAGCAACCUUAUCCAACGGAGGAGGAUCUUUCUAAUACACCGGAAGGCCAAUUGGCUUUGGAGCUGGGAAGCGCAACUCGACAAGCGGAUACUCGUGAAGCUAUUGAUGUUGGCCUUGAUGGUGGAUUCGAUGACAACUCUAUGGAACCAGAUCUUCCACCUACCCCUACACAGCUCGGGUUAGAGAAGGCACCCGAUCGCCCAAGAGGAUUGUUAAGCAGCAGCCCGAGUGCAAGGCAUGAGAAAAACAGAAAACGGAAAGCGAUUGACGCUAUUCAAGGAAGCCCCUUGAAAACCAUGCGAUUUCGACAUCAAAGUCCCGAAAUCUCAGUAUCUGACUCGGAUAUGGAUGAUGCUGGACUAUCAGUGGCUGCUCUGGAAAAGCGAAAGCUGCGCAAGAGUCUGACGGCGGAGCUACAAAAGUUGAAGGAUGAUGUUGCGGAGCUGACAGAAUGGACUGGGAAAAUCGAGUCCAACUCGAGCCUGGCUGAUGACCCACAUAAGCUCAACCAUUUCUUGGAUCUGCUCUCCGAAGAAUCAUCUCAUAUAAACCGACCUAUGCCACGUCAGGCUCCAGUGCCAAUCUCUUCUCUUUUGUGUACUUUGCUCCCAUUUUCCAAAAACAUCCCCCAUCCUUCUCGCCAGACAUCACCAUUACCUACGAAUCCGUUCGCCUUGAAAGAAUCGUCACAGGCGCCAUCUUAUUUGACAGUCUUUGCUCCGCUAGCUCUUCAAACAAGCACAAGCCGCUCCACCGCCUCAAGGACCAGCACUAUUGUGGAGACACAUACACUGACAUUCACACCACCUUCCCCAUUUCCGUCUUCAUUAUACAACAUUUCAGUUGUCUACGAGACAGACCCAGAGGCACAAGCUAUUGUCUCCGUAUCUGUACCCACAGGGAGAACCAGCAAGAAACGACGAAUCCCCGAGGUACUCCGUCGAUGGAUCGAGGCCCGUUUAGCAAACUCUCUUCUCAAGCUUGACGUGGCAACAUUAUGCUGGGGUAUUAAAAGAUACUGGGAAGCCUCUAUCUCUCGCGCCGAGCUAUGGGCAUACAUCGACCACAAAUAUGGCAGCGGUGAAAAGAAGGGCGAUCUACCAAAAUCUCAAUCUGGAGUCCUUAUGCUUUCGGAGCUGCGGCGAUUGAUACCACACUUGGAGCGUAGCACUAUGGUUAUCAAGUCCAAGUCUGAAAGAAAUGCACCUCAAGUCCUUUUGUCUAAUGCUUUGACUAUUGAUGAUUGGACUGGAGAGCCACAAUUGAGACCGGAGCUUAGUGUUUCUACUAUUUCCGGUUCCGGACCAAGCAAGAAGAUUGACCAAGAAACCAAAAAGCUCUUCCAUGCUUUGGUGCAUGAAGAUACUACUGGGUCGAUGCAAGCUAGUGCUGGGAGUUUUUCUUUGGAUGCUAUCAUCCGAGCCACUGAAGGUGCCAUUGGCGCCUUGUUCAGUCGUGAUUAA